AUGACUGCGACCUCCGAAAUGGGUACUGUGCGACGCCUAGGUCUCUUAGAGGCUGGCUCGGCUGCUUUUCACCUGAUGGGCUUAUAUCGCUCAGUGGUGGUAUCUGCAACAUACAGUAUUCCCUCACGCGAGCAGUCCAAAGAAGCCAUACUCGCGGCUUUGGGAUCCUUAAUUACCGAGAACCCUAUGCUGCGGGUUGGUAUCAAAGAUGAAGGCAGUACUGUUGCCUACUUCACUCAUAUCACUGAGAUGAAGCUCGAUGACUUCGUCGAGUUCCGCACUUCUGCCACUACUUCUGAUCUCGACUUCCGUAAAGAAGUUGGAGAUUUGCACUGCUGGUGCCAUGAUCAGAUUUUCCAGGAUGUUGAGACAAGGCCACCGUGGAGGGUGUUUGUUCUUCGAUCAGAACAGCAAUCGCCGGCUUUUGAGGCCGUUGUUUUUGCCUAUCAUCAUUCCCUCAUGGAUGGGAUGAGUGGCCGAUUGUUCCAUGAGAAACUACAUGCAAAGCUAAACUCGCUGCCUCCUAAUCCAACGGCGCCAGGCGUUCUGUCUUUCCCCGAGUGUCCGGAGCUGCCUGGACCGCAAGACGAUGUCAUCGACUAUACGACCACUUUUGCUCAGCGAUUCUCGAGCCUGUUGAAUUGGAUGCGGCCUUCGUUUCUUACACCUACUCACGAAAUCUGGUCUGCUGAACCCAUCGAGUUCAGUCGCCCUCACAAGACUCGGUUGGCUACUGUGGAUAUUCCACCCGCUGCAGUGCUGAGUGUUCUCGAGGCGACUCGUUCCUAUAGAACAUCUUUUACAGGCCUACUACAUGCUCUUGCACUUUCAUCGCUAUCUCGACGUGUUCCCGACGCACCAGGUUUCACGUCUUCAACGCCUAUAAGCAUGCGUCCAUACAUCUCACCCACCGCCGACCCUGCUCUUAAAGAGGCAUUGUUUGGAUGCGUAACUGGUACUGCACACGAACACCCUUUCGCAGAAAUUGAAGCUUUCCGAAACGCAACAGACGAGACACUUGACGAUCUAGUCUGGUCAUAUGCACGAAAGAUAAAGGAGGAACUCAGAGAAAAGAUAUCUACACUCCCGGCCACCGACAGCCUUAAGGCACUCAGCAGCAUCACAGACUGGACCGACUUCUUAGUUGAAAGAGAUGGAAAUAAGCGUAGAAGAACCUGGGAGGUCAGCAACGUCGGUAUACUGCCACAGGCUGCCGAAAAUGAACCUGACAAGAGGACUAUAUCGCAUGCAAUGUUUACGAACGGACCUAUGAUCUCUAGCGAUCCGAUAAGUAUUAGCGUUGUGAGUGUCAAGCAUGGGAUGCUGACUUUGGGAAUAACGUGGAAUGAUGGCAUUGUAGAUGACAAGAUUAUGGAGGGUUUGAGAGGGGAUCUGGAGGCUUGUCUGAAGCAAUUACAUGAGGAGGGCGACUUGGGUAUGCACUUGUUGUAUGAGGAGGACUCUGACGAGGACACUGAGGAGGACUCUGACAAGGGUUCUGAGAAGGGCUUUGGGGAGGGCUCUGAGGAGGACUUUUCAGCAAAAGAAUAG